AAACGUCUUCAGAAGCUUUUUCAGUCUUCACGCAUGCGCGAUCUGGUAGCAUUCAAGACAUCAAUAUGGCGUAGCGGAGGAGUGGGACCUCAGCGAGGUGUUUGGGGAAAAAAAUCGGAGGCAGACAAAGUCAAGUGGUACUCCAAGAUGGCUGCUGCUUCCUAUGACCAGCUGCUGAAGCAAGUGGAGGCCCUGAAGAUGGAGAACUCCAACCUGCGGCAGGAGCUGGAGGACAACUCCAACCACCUGACCAAACUCGAGACCGAGGCCUCCACAAUGAAGGAGGUGCUGAAGCAACUGCAGGGCAGCAUAGAGGAAGAGUCCAUGGGAUCUUCUGGACAGAUCGACCUGCUCGAGAGACUGAAAGAAAUGAACCUGGACGCCAGUAACUUCCCGGGCGUGAAGCUGAGGCCCAAGGGCCCGGCGCACCCGUACGACAGCCGCGAGGGCUCCACGUCCGGCCAGUCGGGCGACAGCAGCCCCUCCAGCGCCGGCUCCUUCCCCAGGAGGGCCAUGGCCAACGGGGGCGGCGACAACGACGCCGGCUUCCUGGAGGAGCUAGAGAAGGAGAGGUCUUUGCUGAUGGCAGAGCUGGAGAAGGAGGAGAAGGAGAAGGACUGGUACUAUGCUCAGCUUCAGAACCUCACCAAGAGGAUCGACAGCCUUCCCCUCACGGAAAACUUCUCCAUGCAGACGGACAUGACGCGCAGGCAGCUGGACUACGAGGCGCGGCAGAUCAGAGCCGCAAUGGAGGAGCAGCUGGGCACCUGCCAGGACAUGGAGAAGAGGGCACAGGCGAGAGUGGCCCGGAUUCAGCAGAUAGAGAAGGACAUGCUCCGGAUGAGGCAGUCCCAGCCAGCGGAUGUGGAGAAGACACCACAGAGCAAGCACGAGGCAGACAGACAGAACGAGGCGGCGCAGGCAUCAUGUGACGCGGGCGUGGCCGCCCAGGAGUGUGGUCAGAGUUCAAGUGCUGGAUUGGACCACGAAGCAGCCAAUGAUAUGAGUUGUAGUAGUAGUUACUCUGUCCCACGCAGACUGACAAGUCACCUGGGUACCAAGGUAACCGAAGAUUCCAAGCCCCAGGUGGAGAUGGUCUACUCCCUGCUCUCCAUGCUGGGGACGCACGACAAGGACGACAUGUCGCGCACGCUGCUGGCCAUGUCCAGCUCGCAGGACAGCUGCAUCGCCAUGCGCCAGUCCGGCUGCCUGCCGCUGCUCAUCCAGCUGCUGCACGGCAACGACAAGGACUCGGUGUUGCUGGGCAACUCGCGGGGCAGCAAGGACGCCCGGGCGCGGGCCAGCGCCGCCCUGCACAACAUCGUCCACUCGCAGCCCGACGACAAGCGCGGGCGGCGCGAGAUCCGCGUGCUGCACCUGCUGGAGCAGAUCCGGGCCUACUGCGAGACCUGCUGGGAGUGGCAGGGCGCACACGAGCAGGGCGUCGACCACGACACCAAUCCCAUGCCCUCUCCUGUGGAACACCAGAUCUGCCCCGCGGUGUGCGUCCUCAUGAAGCUCUCCUUCGACGAGGAGCACAGACACGCCAUGAACGAGCUGGGAGGAUUGCAGGCAAUCGGGGAGCUGUUGCAGGUGGACUGUGAGAUGUACGGGCUCACCAGCGACCACUACAGCGUCACUCUGAGACGCUAUGCAGGAAUGGCACUCACCAACCUGACGUUCGGAGACGUGGCCAACAAGUCCACCCUGUGUUCCAUGAAGGGCUGCAUGAGGGCAAUGGUGGCCCAGCUGAAAUCGGAGAGCGAGGAUCUGCAGCAGGUCAUUGCCAGUGUUCUGAGGAACCUGUCCUGGCGUGCAGAUGUGAACAGUAAGCAGACCCUGCGGGAAGUGGGGAGCGUUAAGGCUCUAAUGGAGUGUGCCCUGGACGUCAAAAAGGAGUCCACCCUGAAGAGUGUACUCAGUGCCCUGUGGAACCUGUCGGCACACUGCACUGAGAACAAGGCUGACAUCUGUGCUGUGGACGGGGCACUGGCCUUCUUAGUGAGCACGCUGACCUACCGAAGCCAAACCAACACCCUGGCCAUAAUCGAAAGCGGUGGAGGAAUCUUACGAAAUGUGUCUAGUCUCAUUGCUACAAAUGAGGAUCACAGGCAAAUACUGAGAGAAAACAGCUGCCUCCAAACUCUUCUUCAGCAUCUGAAGUCUCACAGCUUGACCAUUGUCAGCAAUGCAUGUGGAACCCUUUGGAACCUUUCAGCCCGAAAUGUAAAGGACCAGGAAGCCUUGUGGGACAUGGGAUCCGUGAGCAUGCUGAAGAACCUCAUCCACUCCAAGCACAAGAUGAUCGCCAUGGGUAGUGCUGCAGCUUUGAGAAACCUCAUGGCCAACAGACCUGCCAAAUACAAGGAUGCUAACAUCAUGUCCCCGGGAUCCAGCUUGCCCUCCCUCCACGUCCGAAAACAGAAAGCUUUGUUCGAGGAGCUGGACUCGCAACAUCUCACUGAGACGUUUGACAACAUCGACAACUUGAGCCCGAAAGCAGCUCACAAGGGCAAGCCAAGGAACAAGCAGAACGUGUACAGCGAGUGCGUCCUGGACUCCGGGCGCCACAACAGUGAAGGCGUUUGCAGGGCAGACGGUGGCUUCAGCCCCGGCAACAUGCCGGUUCUUUCCCCGUACGUGAACACUCCGGUGCUGCCCGGUUCCUCCUCCAGAGAAAGCAGAGCAGGAAGUUCGGAAGGUUCCAGGCCUGAGAGGGAUCAAAGCCUUGACAGGGAAAGGAGGGCAGGUGGACCCGGUGCCCCUUCGGACAAGCCCUCCAAGAGGAUGGGAAUGCAGGUGUCGUCCACCACUGCACAGAUUGCAGCGGUUAUGGAAGAAGUGCAGAGUGUAUACGCUGGCCAAGAGGACAGAAAUCCUGGUUCCGCGCAGGACAUGCAUUGCAUGCAAGACGAAAUGAGUGGCAUGAGACGUGCUGGCAUGCAUGCAACCUCGAAUAUGUACAGUUAUAACAAACCAGAGAUCUCUAAUAGACCGUGCCCAAUGCCAAAAAUAGAAUAUAGGGCAUCCAAUGACAGCCUGAAUAGUGUUGGCAGCAGUGACGGUUAUGGUAAAAGAGGCCAAAUGAAGCCGUCAGUUGACUCGUACUCUGAAGACGAUGAAGGGAAAUGUUGCAUCUACGGAAAAUAUCCAGCUGACCUCGCCCACAAGAUACACAGUGCCAAUCAUAUGGAAGAUAAUGACGGGGACCUGGACACCCCCAUAAAUUACAGCCUGAAGUAUUCGGACGAACAGCUAAACUCCGGUAGGCAAAGUCCCAAUCAAAGUGAAAGGUGGGCAAGGCCUAAACAUCUUGAUGGUGAUUUGAAAAGGCCUGAUCAAAAGCCGGUACAGUCGCAAAGCCAAGGUUACCCUUUGUAUACAGAAAGCAAUAGUGACAGUGAAGAAAAAUCAAUACAGUAUCAGCCUAGAUUUGUGCAGCCUGAAUGUUCUGGUGGUUUCAAAUCCAGGAGCUCUAACAGCUCUGAGCAAAGUAGAGGCAGUUCUAGUCACGGAGUGACAACAAAGAUCAACCAGACCAUAUGCUCCAUUGAUGAUUAUGAGGACGACAAGCCAACCAAUUACAGUGAAAGGUAUUCAGAAGAGGAACAACCGGAUGAGGACCAGCCAACCAAUUACAGCAUGAAGUACAGCGAAGAAGACCAUCAUGUGGAACAACCAAUUGAUUACAGCUUAAAAUAUUCUGAAACACACUCCUCCCAAAAGGUCAUGUACAACCAUUCAAAAUCUUCCUCUUCUCAAAACUCAACAAAAGACCAUCUUAACCAGGGCAGUGGGACAUCCUCUUUGACACCAUACAGGGGUUCCUCAAGACAAAAACUGCACCCCUCUUCAGCUCAGACGCAAUCUGGGACAGCGCGUGCAGGCCAAAAGACUUCAGCAUGCAAAGGCUCUGGCAUUAAUCAAGAAACUUUACAGACGUACUGUGUUGAGGACACUCCGAUCUGUUUUUCCCGAGGUAGUUCUCUGUCAUCAUUGUCGUCCGCAGAGGACGAAAUGGAAGGGAGAGAACGAUCCUCAAAUGUAAGUAACUACCCAGCCCUUCCUGUUUCUGACAAGGAAGCAAGAGGGGCUGUAGGUGCCAGUCAGCCUGCACCUGAGAACCAGUCAACUGCACAGCACAUACGAAUGAAAUCUCACAGAAAUCAGGGUGUGUCGGAUGGGUCAAAACAUAAAGCAGUUGAGUUUUCUUCUGGUUCUAAAUCUCCGUCAAAAAGUGGAGCUCAGACACCCAAAAGCCCUCCUGAACAUUAUUUGCAGGAAACACCUCUGAUGUUCAGCAGGUGUACGUCUGUGAGCUCUCUGGACAGCUUUGAGUCUCACUCCAUUGCCAGCUCAGUACAGAGUGAACCAGGCAGUGAUAUGGUCAGUGGAAUAAUUAGUCCAAGUGAUCUCCCGGACAGUCCAGGGCAAACGAUGCCUCCGAGCCGAAGCAAAACACCACCUCCACAGCAUACGGCCCAAAUGAAACACAAAGCGAAAGCGCCUCCUCGCUCUGAAAAGAGGGAGUUAGCUCCAAGACGUGCAGCUGUGAAUUCUGCUGUCCAGAAAGUCCAGGUACUUCAAGACAGUGACACGCUCUUACAUUUUGCUACAGAAAGUACUCCGGAUGGGUUCUCUUGUGCUUCAAGUCUGAGUGCACUGAGCCUUGACGAGCCGUUCAUUCCAAAGGACAUUGAAAUGAGGAUCAUGCCUCCUGUUCAUGAAGAUGAUCAUGGAAAUGAUGAUGAACCUGAUAAAGAGGAUACCAAGGAAGCCAAGAACCAAGAUAAGGCAGAGGCAUACCAUGAACCAGAAAAGGAUAUACUUGGUGAUUCUGAUGAUGAUGAUAUUGAGAUAUUAGAAGCUUGUAUAAACUCAGCCAUGCCUACAAAGUCCUCAAGAAAACCAAAAAAGCCACCACCUUCAGCCACUUCAAGAAUACCUCCACCAGUAGCCCAUAAACCAAGUCAACUGCCUGUAUAUAAGCUGCUUCCUUCUCAGAAUCGAGGGCAGCAACAAAAGCAUGUGAGCUUUAAUCAUGGGGAAGACAUGCCAAGAGUAUAUUGUGUUGAAGGGACCCCCAUUAAUUUUUCAACUGCUACGUCUCUUAGUGAUCUCACCAUAGAGUCUCCUCCAAAUGAGUUUUCAAAUCCUGAGAGUGCUAUAGCCGGCAUGGGAUCCUGCCUUCAAAGAGACACAAUUCCAGAGGGGAGAAGCACUGAGGGAAAUGAUACCAACCAAAGUCCUUCUGCCAACAGUUCUGCAGUGGAUGAGAAAAAUGAAGAAGGGGAUGACAUACUUGCUGAAUGUAUCAGUUCUGCAAUGCCAAAAGGUAAAAGUCACAAUGCUUUCAGGGUAAAGAAAGUUAUUGAUCAUGUGCAACAUGCAUCUACAUCUGCUACUGGUCCAGUCAAACAGGAGAUGGCAAAGAAGCCAACUUCUCCAGUAAAGCCAAUUCCACAAAGCAGUGAAUACAGAGCGAGGAUGAAAUGUAUCGAUCCGUCAAGCAAUUUUGUCCCUGAGGCUUCAUACCCUGAUAAGAAUAAGAAUGGAGAUAAGCAAGACACCAAAAUGACUUCCAGAGAAUUUACUAAAAAACCUCCAAAUUCUGAUGACAGGGUGCGCCCAGGGUUUGCUUUCGAUUCCCCUCAUCAUUAUACUCCGAUUGAGGGAACCCCCUAUUGCUUUUCACGCAAUGACUCCUUAAGUUCAUUAGACUUUGAAGAUGAAGAUGUUGAUUUAUCAAAAGAGAAAGAUGAACUCAGAAAAGAAAGAGAGCACAAAAAGGAGAUGACUGAGAAUCCCACUGACCAGUCCUCGAGCCACCCACCUCCUGGCAGGUCCCGUGUGUAUCCCCAGGACCAUCAAAAACCUCCUCAAAAGCAAGUACCUUUGUCAGAAACAUCAAAAGAAAACACUGGGCCAGUGCCAGAUGAGAAGCAGAAUUUUGCUAUUGAAGACACGCCAGUAUGUUUUUCGAGAAACUCCUCUCUUAGUUCAUUGAGUGACAUUGACCAAGAGAAUAACAAUAAAAGCUCAAGUCACAAGGAAAUGCUAACUACCCAGGUUGAGGCAUCCAAGUCUCAGGCUACUUGUUACGCUCCAAAGGCUUUUCAUGUUGAAGAUACACCCGUUUGCUUUUCCAGGAACAGUUCACUCAGCUCGCUUAGCAUUGAUUCAGAAGAUGAUCUUCUGCAAGAAUGCAUCAGUUCUGCUAUGCCUAAAAAGAAAAAACAGCAACCUAAAAAUAAGGAAGGCGGUCAUGAAAUGACUGAUGACAAACGUAUGGGUGGAAUUUUAUCAGAGGAGUUAGAUUUGACAUUGGAUCUCCCAGACAUGCAUAGUCCGAUUUCAGAGCAAGCUCUUUCUCCGGAUUCGGAAUCAUUUGACUGGAAAGCCAUUCAAGAAGGCGCAAAUUCUAUAGUGAGCAGUUUGAAUCAAGCAGCUGCUUGUCUUUCUAGGCAAGCCUCUUCUGAUUCCGAUUCAAUCCUCUCUCUUAAAUCCGGCAUCUCAAUUGGAUCACCUUUCCAUCUGGUGGGAGAUCCAGAAGAGAAACAAGUUGCUUCUAGCAAAGGUCCGAGAAUAUUGAAGCCUGGUGAAAACAGCACUUUAGAAUCAAAAAAGAGAGAGGAGGAAGCCAAGAGCCUCAAGGGAGGAAAGAAAGUUUACAAAAGUCUUAUAACUGGGAAACCAAGGACAAGCACUGAGAAUUUGAGCUCGCAGCAGAGGCAAGUGCCAGUUCCCAUGAUCUCGCGUGGAAGGACAAUGAUUCAUGUUCCUGGUGUGAGGAGCAGCUCGCCCAGCACUAGUCCAGUUCCAAACAAAGUGCCGCCUAAGGGAGCCGCUUCAAAAGCUUCCAGCCAAGGGCAGAUGUAUGGUAACUCGCCACGAAAUCUGAAGCCACCUCUGAAAUCAGAUCCUUCCCCUACUAGUCGGCAGCCAUCUUCCCAAGGAGGGUCGGCUAAGACUCCCUCUCAGGCAGGCUCAAGAGACUCAAAUCCCUCAAAACCAGGUCAGCAGCCUUUGGGUAGACCUGUGCAGUCGCCUGCCCGCACCUCUAUUUCACCUGGAAGAAAUGGAAUCAGUCCUUCCAACAAGUUAUCCCAAAUACCUAGAGCACUGUCCCCAAAUGCAACCUCAAGCAAGUCACCGGGCACAGGCAGAAUUGCAUAUACUUCACCUGGUAGACCAUUAAGUCAGCAGACUCCAACUAAGCAAAGUGGGUUGCCCAGAAGUACCAGUGGAAUUCCAAGGAGCGAAUCUGCUUCAAAAAUUCUGAACCAGUCUGGAGCCACAGCUUCAUCAAAAAAGGAUCUGUCGAGGAUGUCAUCUAAGUCCAGUGGAAGUGAGUCUGAUCGAUCUGAGAAGCCUACUUUAGUUCGUCAGUCCACUUUCAUCAAGGAAUCCCCUAGCCCUACACUUAAAAGGAAAUUAGAAGAGUCUGCCUCGUUUGAGUCUUUAUCCCCAUCUGCUAGGCCGCUGUCUCCUACUCGAUCCCAAUCCCACUCAUUGUCGAGUCCAUCAUUGUCAGAUAUGUCACUGACUUUGCCUUACCAAGGCAGCUGCUGGAGGAAAUCUCCUCGCAGUCAGCAUUCUUCUGAAAACAGAGAUGGAGGAUCUCUCAAUAGACAUGACAUUGCCCGCUCUCACUCUGAAAGCCCAUCCAGGCUCCCAAUAAACCGAUCUGGCACAUGGAAACGUGAGAAAAGCAAACAUUCAACCUCCCUACCGAGAGUUGGCACUUGGAAGAGGACAGGGAGUUCCUCCUCCAUCCUUUCAGCUUCUUCAGAGUCCAGUGAAAAAGCAAAAAGUGAAGAUGAAAGGCUGACCUUGAGUCUACCUCAAGGAUCGAAGCAAAGCAAAGAUGGCAGCACUCCUUUAAAAGGAACGUGGAGGAAAACGAAGGACGGCGAUGCUCCUAAUUCAUUGAGUGGUGAACCCAAGGAUCCAUCCGAUGAUGCAGAUUCAAAGUCACUGGUCCAUAAUAUGGCCCCUGCUGUAUCCAAGGCCGAAGAUGUUUGGGUAAGAAUUGAAGACUGUCCUAUCAACAACCCCCGAUCAGGAAAAUCUCCGACUGGUAACACACCCCCAGUUAUUGACAGUCUGCCUGACAAAAUGACGCUUCCAAUUGCUAACGAAGCACAACCCAAACAAUCCACUGUGAAAGAAAACGCACUUACUUGCAUCUUUAGCUCGGAGGGUAAUUUGAAUUUAUUUGGUGGUGAUGGUCACGAUAAGAGAGGGUCUGACGUCAAAGCUGCAAGCCAUCCAAGAACAGUGACCGAGACUAAUGAAACCCCGGUUGCUGAACGCACUCCCUUCAGCUCCUCAAAUUCGAGCAAGCACAGCUCCCCUAGUGGGACUGUGGCUGCAAGAGUCACGCCAUUCAAUUACAACCCAAGCCCUAGGAAGAGCAGCGCGGACGGCUCCACCGCUCGGCCAUCGCAGAUCCCCACGCCGGUGUCCGGCAACGCCAAGACCGACUCCAAAGGAGAGAAUGUUGAAUCCAGCGGGAAUCAGAGUCCCAAACGCCUGUCUGGAUCCUACCUUGUGACCUCUGUGUAAAACAAAGACAGCUCUAGGAUCGGAUCACUACUGUACGCUUUCUUGCAACUACUGCUUUUGACCAUUGUGGCGCAACGAAAGGAAACCGUGUAAAUAUUUCUUGAGGGUUACUACUGUGGAAGCGUGUAGAUUUUUGCUUGUAGAUUUGUGACUGGCACACCAGGUUGUCAGAGUAAAAUCUUGUUUUGGAAGGUGUUGUAAGAAUAUUUGUACUGUACAGAUUUUUAUGUAUUAAUUUAAGUACCUGUAAUUGCUUGGCAAAUACAAAAAUGGAAUAAAAGUGACCUUUUUGAGAUGUACUGUACUAAAUUGUACUAUAGUGCUCAAGCAUUUGAGCUAUUGAAGUUUUUAUGACAUCUCCAUUAGGCCAGUAAAGUAAGAUCCUGCUGCAGAUACAGUACAAUAAAAAACAUACCCGUUCUGUGUUUGCAUGAACUGAUCUAAUGGUUUACUUCCUGAAGUAACAUUUGUGGUCACAUGAUGUGUAUAGAUAGCUGUAGUGUAACACAUUUACACUGUUUUGUGCGUGCUCUGAACAUAAGGAAAUACCUGUAACCUUGAAAAACCUGGAUGAGGUGUGUUACCUUGGACAUAGAUUUUAACAGAAAUUAGAUCAUUUGACUAUUGCUGUUAAUGUGUAUUCUGUUUGAGGAAAAUGGCUGCUCUUUUAAUAGGACAUUCAUUGUGUCUUAGAACGAAAUGAACAUGAGAAAAUAAAUUAUUGCUGUAUGCUUUAUCUAUUUUUAAACCUAAAUUUCCUUUCCCCUUUCCUAAUCAUUGUCUUUGUUAAAGCAUGUUAUUUGAAAUAGGCUUUCAUUCUGCCAAAAAACAUACAAUAUGUGAAUUACUGAGACACUUGUUUUAUUUUUAUCUUCACGCAAUAAAGUGGAUAUGUUUGGCUAUUUAAGAAAAACAACUGUUGCAAAUUAUUGUAAAGCAGCAUAAUAAACACUAAGAUUUUGGUGUAAA